CUUUCACUUUGCGCAGAUAUUAAGGCUCCUGUAGGUGUGUGUUUUCACAACAAAACUACAACAAAAACAGCACAAACGCGUCUUUAAAGCAGUGCUUGAUGGAUUGGAAAGGCUAAAAGUUGAAUUUCGCCGGUUCACGUGUAAGUGUUACCUAUAAACACGAAGAAAAAGGACUGUAAACAACACGGUUAGCUAACUUUGAACGCAACAAUGAUCUGACAUUAAGACAUGACAGUCACCUCCAAACUCUGACCUCCUGGACAGCAAACUACCUCUGACCCAACAGCAGACCUCACAUUAUGGAGCGGACAGCACUCAAACAGAGCCAGCUGUGUGGUUCAUGGGAGAUGAAAGAGAGACUUGGGAUGGGAGGCUUUGGGCACGUCUACCUGUACCAACACCUUGAGUCCGGAGAGAAGAUAGCUGUGAAACUUUGCCGCCUAGAGCUGAACUCCAAGAACAGAGAUCGCUGGAGCAGAGAGAUCCAGAUCAUGAAAAAGCUGAACCAUGUAAAUGUUGUUCAGGCGAGAGAAGUUCCGGAGGAGUUGAUUUCGAUUGCUUUAAAUGACCUACCUCUGCUGGCCAUGGAGCACUGCUCCAGAGGAGACCUACGCAAGGUUUUGAAUAAACCAGAAAACUGUUGUGGGCUAAAGGAGAGUGAAGUCCUCUCACUGCUUGGUGACAUUGGCUCUGGUAUCCAGUAUCUCCAUGAAAAUAAAAUCAUCCACAGAGACCUAAAGCCGGAGAACAUAGUUCUGCAGGAGAUUGGUGGAAAGCUUGUCCACAAAAUUAUUGAUCUGGGUUAUGCAAAAGACUUGGACCAGGGCAGUCUCUGUACAUCCUUUGUUGGAACUCUCCAGUAUCUGGCUCCAGAGCUGUUUGAAAGUAAACCCUACACUGUAACUGUGGACUACUGGAGCUUUGGGACAGUGAUCUUUGAAUGCACUUGUGGCUUUCGUCCCUUUUUACACCAUAUGCAGCCUGUACAGUGGACAAGCAAAGUGAAGAACAAAGGUCCCAAAGACAUCAUGGCAGUAGAGGACAUGAAUGGAGAAGUCAGAUUCUCACCACAUCUUCCAUAUCCCAACAAUCUCAGCAGGCCGCUGCUGGAGCCAGUUGAGUCUCUUUUACAGAUGCUGUUACUGUGGGACCCUGCAACACGUGGUGGAGGGUUGGAUCCUGAUACUAACAAACCACACUGCUACACUGCUCUGCAGAAUAUCCUCAACAUGAAGGUGAUCCAUGUGUUGGACAUGACAUCAGCCCAGCUACACUCCUUGGUGCUGGGUGCUGAGGAGAGCUUACACUCCCUGCAGCUACGUCUGGAGAUACACACUCAGUCACACAUCUCCCCGCUGAGUCAGGAACUGCUGUUAGAGACGGGAAUCUCCCUCGAUCCACGCAGACCGCCUGCGCACUGUCUGCCAGAUGGAUUGCGAGGCUGGGACAGUUCCAUAGUCUUCCUGCUUGAUAAGAGCCUGACCAAGUACUCUGGACCACUGACUGCCAGAUCGCUGCCAGACAGUGUCAACUUUAUAGUCAGAGAGACCAAGACGCAGCUCCCACUGGCUGCAUUAAGGAAGGUGUGGGGAGAGGCAGUCAGCUACAUCUGUGGACUGAAAGAGGACUACGUACGUCUGUAUCAGGGACAGAGGGCUGCCAUGCUGAGUUUGCUGCGUUACAACACCAACUUGACGCGGUACAAGAACCUGCUGUUCUCCCAGUCACAGCAGCUCCGAGCCAAACUGGCUUUCUUUAAGACCAGCAUCCAGCACGACCUUGAGCAAUACACCAAGCAGAGACACACCGGUAUCUCUUCAGAAAAACUGCUGAAGACGUGGCAGGAAAAUGAAGACAAGGCGAAUGGAUUUACACAGGUUGCAGAUGUCGGGUAUCUGGAUGAAGAGAUAGUGGCUCUACAUUCUGAGAUUGUGGAGUUGCAGAGGAGCCCGUUUGCGAGGAAACAAGGGGAUGUAAUGGAGCAGCUUGAGGAAAAAGCUAUAGAACUCUACAAGCAACUGAAAGCUAAAUGCAAAAGUCCUGACCCUCCACAUGGCUACAGUGACAGCUCAGACAUGGUGAAGACUAUUCUCCAAACGGUUCAGAACCAGGACAGAGUUCUCAAAGACUUGUACACUCACCUGAGUACAAUUCUGGUGUGUAAGCAACGCAUCGUUGAUUUGUUCCCAAAGUUGGAGAGGGCAGUAGAGAACAUAAAAACGGCAGAGGCAGCAGUGAUGCAAAUGCAAAUGAAGAGACAGAAAGAGUUCUGGUACCUCCUCAAGAUUGCCUGUGCGCAGAGCAAUUCUCCAUCACAGUCUUUAAUGCAACGGUCCAGUGACAGUGAAACUGUUGAUCAAUUACUGGAUGAGAAUCAACGUUACCUGACUCAGCUAACGUCUCUACUGCAAGACACCACCCAGGAGAUGGAGCACAGUGUCAUGGAUGAGGACUGGAGCUGGACUCAAUAUGGAGCAGUGAAAGUCCCAAUACAGGAGAUUUAGAAACUGACCAAAGACUCAGUGCUAUGAGUCAAACAUGUUGGAAAGAAGUGCCUUAUCAGAGUUACACUAUCUCAAAGUCUUUUCGUUCCAAACCGUGUCAAUUAUGUAAUGUUGGAUGACAGAUUGUCAAUUUACAACACAAUAGUGUGUGAAACUGAAUCAUGUGAUAAGCUAUUCAUGAUUUAACCAAGGUAAAUAUUUAAAAAUCUAUAUCCAGUUGUAACCAAAACCUAUUUAUUUCACAGGUAAAUUGAUUGGAGUAAAGGAUUGCUGCUCAUAAACUAUGCAUAACUGAAUGUGAAGAAAUCAUAAACCGUAUGACACUUAUAUGCUGCCUUUUGUCCCUGCUUUUUAUUUACAAUUAUCAAUUGUGCU